AUGGCGGAGACGGAGGAAGAAAUCACUUUUAAGAAGGAGACUGUAAGUAAACUCCUGACAAGUUUCUUCAAAGAGGACAAAACGAGAAUAAGUGGUGAUGCGGUGGUGCUCAUGACAGAGAUGAUAAAAAUAUUUGUACAAGAGGCGGCUGUCAGAUCACAAAAACAAGCUGAGGCAGAGGACUGCGAACAAGUUGAAAUUGAGCACUUUGAAAAAAUUCUGCCACAAUUGCUAUUGGACUUCUAG